AUGGCCUCCUGGAACCGCCUCAUCCGCUUCGCCGACGACAACGGCAACGAGACGUUCGGCGAGCCCUGCAUCUCCAACGAGGGCGAGCUCACCUCGCUGCUCGAGCAGGGCCAGCUCUACGCCGUCGAGUACAAGGGCGCCAGCCCAGUCUCGGCCACGGCCAAGGGCGACAAGAUCCACGUCAAGAAGCUGCUGCCGAUCCUGCGCCCGGCCGACGUCCCCAUCAUCCGCUGCAUCGGCCUGAACUACAUCAAGCACAUCCAGGAGGGCGGCCGCAAGCCUCCCCCGUACCCCUCCGUCUUCAUCAAGCCCGCGACCUCGGUCGCCAGCUACGACGAGGACGUGCCCAUCACCAAGAUCGCCCAGGACGGCACCCUCGACUACGAGGGCGAGCUGGCGCUGAUCAUCGGCAAGACGGGCAAGGACAUCCCCAAGGCCAGGGCCCUCGAGCACGUCGCCGGCUACGUGGCCUCCAACGACGUGUCCGCGCGCGGCUGGCAGCGCGACCCGGCCAAGGCCGGCGGCGUGCCGCAGUGGUGCUUCUCCAAGGGCUUCGACAAGUUCGCGCCCCUGAGCCCCAUGAUCGUGUCCCCCGCCGUCGUCGGCAACGCCAGCGACCUGCACCUGCAGACCUUUGUCAACGGCGAGGAGCGGCAGAACACGAGCACGGGCGACCUGCUGUUCGGCGUCGAGGACAUCGUCAGCUUCUGCUCGCAGGGCACCACGCUCGAGGCCGGCACCGUCAUCCUGACGGGCACGCCCUCGGGCGUCGCCAUGGGCAUGAAGGAGCCCAAGUACCUCAACGACGGCGACGUCGUCGAGGUCAGGAUCAGCCAGCUGGGCGCCGUCAAGAACAAGAUGCACUUUGAGUAA